CUUUUCACUUCCUUCCUCCCUUUUGAGCCGAGAAAAUUAGUAAUGGCAGAAGAUAGCCAUGCAAUUGGGAUCGAUCUGGGGACAACAUAUUCGUGUGUGGCAGCGUGGCAGGCUGAUCAUGUAGAAAUCCUGGUGAACGAUCACGGUAACAGGACAACUCGAUCUUAUGUUACCUUCACUGAUAAUAAGAGGUUGGUAGGUGAUGAAGCAUUUAACCAAGUCGGAAGGUUCCCCGCCAACUCAAUCUUCGAUGCAAAGCGGUUAAUUGGUAGGAGAUUUAGUGAUGAAAUUGUUCAAAAUGAUAUCAAGUGCUGGCCAUUCAAGGUCAUUGAAGGUCCGGCCGACAAGCCCAUGAUUGUGGUUAACCACAAGGGUGAAGAGAAACAAUUUGCUGCUGAAGACAUCUCAUCUAUGGUUUUGGCAAAGAUGCGGGAGACUGCCGAGUCCUACCUUUGCUCAAAGAUUUCUGAAAGAAAUGCAGUUAUCACUGUCCCCUCUUACUUCAACGACUCACAGCGUCAGGCUACCUUAGAGGCUGGCAAACUAGCCGGCUUAAAGGUGUUGCGUAUCAUCAACGAACCAACUGCUGCAGCCAUCGCUUAUGGAAUUGACAAGAAGGCCGGUUGGUUUAGUAAGAGAAAUGUGAUGAUAUUUGAUUGGGGCGGCGGUACUUUGGAUGUGUCACUACUUACCAUAGGCCAUAAUGUCUUUGACGUGAAGGCCACUGCCGGAGACACUCACCUUGGCGGUGAAGACUUGGAUAACAGAAUGGUGAAUUACUGCGUGGAAGAAUUCAAGACAAAACAAAACGUAGACAUUGGUGGAAACGCCAAAGCUCUUCGGAAGGCCAAAACUGCGUGUGAGAAAGCAAAGAAGGCACUUUCAUUUUCCUUUGACACUGAUAUUGAAAUCGACUCUUGGUAUAAGGGUGAGGAUUUUCAUACAACUUUCACCCGGGACAAAUUUGAAGAACUGAACAUGGACAUCUUCAACAAGUGCAUGGAACCUGUGAACAAGUGUUUGGAGGAUGCCAAAAUGGACAUAAGCGAGGUCGAUGACGUUGUUCUUGUUGGUGGGUCUUCUAGAAUCCCCAAGGUUCAAGAGCUAUUGCAGGAGGUUUUCAAGGGUAAGGAGUUGUGCAAGAGCAUUAAUCCCGAUGAGGCCGUGGCUUAUGGAGCCGCUGUUCAAGCUGCAGCCUUGAGUGGGAACGUAACUGGGAAGCUUCAAGACUUCACUCUCUUGGAUGUCACCCCUCUAUCACUUGGAUUGGAGUGUGAGGAACGAGAUAGUUCCAGAUUAUACAUGAAUGUUGUGAUUCCAAGAAACUCAACAAUUCCGGUGAGGAAGACAACAAGUGUAACUACUAGUUAUGACUACCAAGAGGCUGUCAACUUCUCCAUUUAUGAGGGUGAAAGUAGCAUAGCCAAAAAUAAUAAUUUUUUAGGUGAAUUCACCCUCCAUGCAAAACGGGAAAACAAAUUUGCGUUUUCUAUAUCUAAGAAUGUGGAUAUUCAGCCUGCUCCUGAUGUGGCUGAAUAUAAAACAGUUGCUACUGCUGCUGAUGUGGAUACUCAGCCUGCUCCUGCUCCUGCUCCUGAGGACUCUGAUGCUUCUGUUGCUUCUGAUGCCUCUGAUGAUUCUCUUGUUUUCUAG